AUGUAUUAUUAUUAUUAUAAGCAGCGAAGUCUGACAUCAGACAAUCCACACAACUUCAAGUCAAAAGUACGCCUGGAGAUCGACUCGAAAUCGAUAUCAGUGCAAGUGAUCAAGGAGCACAAUGAUACAAAAGCCGAUCAGUCGGGAUAUGAAAACAAAGGUUCACUUGGGUCAACUCUAAUAAAUUCUUUAUCUAUUUCCAAGUACACGGAUCGAUCAGCUCCAUUGAGUGGUACCACGAUCAUCUCAUCAAGGGGCAGCGUUUCACAACUCAGAUUUCUUGGUAAUCAGAGUAAUCCGAGCUUUCAAAAAAUCCAAACGGAGGAGUACAACUCUUCGCAAAGUAUUAUGAUUUCCGUAUACGGUUGUAACCUUGAAAGAGACGAAAUAGUUGAUUUUGCGGAAGAGUUGAACGUGGAUAAUGAGGAAGAUCUUAGGAAGUCCUGUGCUGACUCGGUGGAAUUUUGUCCGUUUAGCGUCCACGCUCAAUUUUUAGCAUGUGGCACUUAUCAAUUGGCCGAUCCUGAUGUCCAAACCUCUGAGCUCCGCGAAAAUGUUAACAACGACGAAGGAGUCAUGUUGAGUCAAUUUGAUGCACCCAAAAAGAGACUAGGAAGGUUGCUUUUAUACCAAGUCACCGGCGAUAAUCGUUCCAGAAAAAUGUAUAGUGAUGGCAGCAUCGUUGUGGUGUCGGUGGACAAUCAAAUGGGAAUCCUCGAGAGAGGUCGAUGGUUGGCUCAUGAUUUUGAGGCCUGGAUAGCUGCCUUUAACUACUGGAAUACAAAUUUGAUAUAUACUGGUGGGGACGACUGUUACUUGAAAGGAUGGGAUCUGAGAAUAGAUUCGGCUCCGACAUUUGAAAAUAAAAGGUUCGAACUGCACCUCCUUCACGGUGAAAUUUUUCACUUUGUUAAUAACAUUUAUUUCGCUUUAAGAUCCCAUCAAGCCGGCGUCUGUAGCAUACAAUCCAACCCUCAUUCUGAAUACUAUUUGGCCACAGGAAGUUAUGACGAACACGUCUUACUUUGGGAUACACGAUCAAUGAAACGACCUGUCUACGACAACCUUGUCGGUGGUGGUGUAUGGCGAUUAAAGUGGCAUCCGACGAGGAAAGAUCUUCUGUUGGGAGCAUGUAUGCACAACGGCUUUCAUGUAAUCAAGGUAGAUGGAACGUCGAGAAAGGGUAAAUAUAAAUACAUAAAUACGCAGCAACUUUAUAAUCUGCACAUUCCCUCUCAACGUCCUGUCGGAAUAAAAAAAAAAAUCCCCGCAGAUGCAUUAUAUAUGAACAACGUUGCAAGUUUUAAGAUCCACGAACCUUUGGCCUAUGGUGUUGAUUGGUCUUACUCCCGAACAUUAAAUAAACCUUUGGUAGCCGGGUGCGACUUUUAUGGUCACGCGAUACACCUGUGGUAA